GCAGCCUCAGCUCAGACACGGUCAUACGGGCUGUGAUGAGGCUGUCAUCGGUCGGACAGCGGCGGAAAUGAACGAAACCCGGCGACUCUGGAGCAGCGUCGGAAAACAUGGCGGCCAAGGCGCUUCGGCAGCGAACCAGGCGAGGAAGUAGACAAGAUGCAAACAACGUGAAUGUCCCGGCCGAAGCUCGGCCACCGAAAGAGGAGAAAGGCAACGACGACAGCAAAACAACAGAGACCCGACAAGAGUCAAUAAGUCGUGGAGGACAGGUAUGGGCUCCAGAAGGUUCGACUGCAUUUAAAUGCCUGCUCUCUGCACGUUUCUGCGCGGCUUUGCUCAGCAACAUCUCGGACUGCGAUGAAACCUUCAACUACUGGGAGCCUAUGCACUACCUGCUGUACGGCACGGGGAUGCAAACGUGGGAAUAUUCUCCAUUGUACGCCAUCAGGUCGUAUGCUUACUUAUGGCUACACGCUCUUCCUGCUUGUUUGCAUGCCCACGUUCUACAGACAAAAAAGGUGUUGGUGUUCUACUUUGUACGAUGUCUCUUGGCGUUUUCCUGCUGUGUCUGCGAACUGUAUUUCUACAAGGCAGUUUGUAAGAAGUUUGGUCUGCAUGUGGGCCGUCUGAUGUUGGCAUUCCUCGUCCUGAGCACAGGAAUGUUCUGCUCGUCUGCAGCGUUCCUGCCUUCGUCUUUCUGCAUGUACACAACGCUGGUUGCCAUGACGGGCUGGUUUCAGGACUCGCCACCAUUAGCCAUUAUGGGUGUGGCUGCUGGUGCCGUCGUUGGAUGGCCAUUCUCUGCUCUGAUUGGGGUUCCAAUUGCCUUCGACCUGCUGGUGUUAAAGAGACAGUGGAAAACAUUUAUCACCUGGUCAGCUGUUGCUCUGCUUCUGCUGCUGGUACCACUAGUGGCAGUGGACUCUUUCUUUUAUGGCAAACUGGUCAUUGCUCCACUCAAUAUUCUUCUGUAUAACGUCUUCACACCUCAUGGGCCCGACCUGUAUGGUACAGAGCCAUGGCAUUUCUACUUUGCAAAUGGGAUCCUGAACUUCAACCUGGUGUUUGCUCUGGCACUGUUCUCUCUGCCACUCACUGCUCUCAUGGAGACACUGUUACACAGGUUCAAUGUGCAGAACCUGGGCCGUCCAUACUGGCUGACUCUGUCUCCCAUGUAUCUGUGGAUGUUGGUUUUCUUCACCAGACCUCAUAAAGAAGAGCGUUUUCUCUUUCCCAUCUACCCUCUCAUCUGCCUCAGCGGAGCAGUAGCCCUCUCCUCUCUACAGAAAUGCUACCACUUCCUGUUCCAGCGGUACCGACUGGAGCACUACACCGUCUCCUCCAACUGGCUGGCUCUGAGCACAGUCGCGGUCUUCACAGUUUUGUCACUGUCUCGCUCUGUUGCUCUCUUCAGAGGCUACCAUGCCCCUCUCGACCUGUACCCAGAGUUCCAUCGCAUUGCCAAGGAUCCGACUCUUCACUCCGUCCCUGAAGGCAGACCUGUAAGCGUUUGUGUUGGCAAAGAGUGGUACCGCUUCCCAAGCAGCUUCCUCCUACCGCACAACUGGCAACUGCACUUCAUUCAGUCUGAGUUUAAAGGACAGCUGCCUCAGCCAUACGCCUCCGGUCCUCUGGCUACACAGAUCAUUCCGGAUCAUAUGAACGACCAGAACCUGGAGGAGCCGACCAGAUAUGUGGAUUUACGGCAGUGCCACUACUUAGUAGACCUGGACACAGAAGAAGAGACUCCGCUUGAGCCACGUUAUGCAAGCAACAAAGAGGAAUGGAACGUCAUCGCCUAUAAGCCUUUCCUUCAAGCAUCAAGGUCGUCUCUUCUCUUCAGAGUGUUCUACAUCCCGUUUCUAUCAGACCACCACACCACAUACAGGCGUUACGUGAUUUUGAAACCACGGCGGCAAAAGCAGCCUCGUAAGCGGACUCACGGCUGACCUUUGAACCUCCACGUGCUCCCCAAGUGCAAAAUCUUCAACGACAGAAAUCAGUCACUUCCCCUCAAAAAAAGCUGGCGUGUGUGUGUGAGUGUGUGAUUGAUGAACACAUGUGCAUGCAUGUGUUCUAUAGUCUUUGUCUCCUGAAACAUUUGAAGAUGAUUGAAGAUAUCACACCCUUUAAGGACAUUAUGUCUGCUUUUGGGCUUGUUUGUGUGUGCGUGGGAGAGGGAAAUGUGUAGGUAUGCAGGAAUGCGUGGUCGGUAUCAGCUGGACCUGUUUGUCAACAUUUUAUCGUUAGUUUUUGUGUGUGUAAAUGAAUGUCUUACAGUGAGUGCACACUACAAGAUUUCACAUGUAUUGAACCCGGGACAGGCUGUUGCACACACACAAUAAAAGUGUUUUUCUUUUCAUACUUCACUUGAUGUGGCCUGGAUGGGAGAAUCUUUCAUCUAAGAAAUCUUGUAGUGUUUGCUUGUGCGCACUUGAACAGUAUCUCAUUGUGUGCUCUGUCAGGUGUGAGUGCUGAAGAUGAAUGAAAGCAAGGGUGCGUUAUUAAUUUAACUUGGAAUGUUAAUAAAAACAUGAUUGACAACCA